AUGCUAAUCAGCAACAGCCCAGCCGAACAGCAGAACGAGUUCAGAGAACUCUUCACCACCCACUUCGUCAGAGAACUCAACACACUCGACCCAGAGCCUGAAACACCCCCAAACGAACCCAGCAGCAGCCCAGGCCACCGAAUCGAUAUCGAAACGAUCAGACGAGUCAGUCGGCAGAUGCGCGAACUCAACAGGCAGGCGGGCAUCCCCGACUACCGUCCAGAGCGCAGGACAAUACAACCCCCCAUAACCAACUACCUCCGACCGCUCUCCUCAGCCAGCCCCCCGAGACCCAUCCCCCCCUCAAACAGCUCAUCCAUCGAACUAACCCAGGCUGGCCAGGAACGUGCAAACGAGUUCAGGGAACACUCCAUCCAGAGACGAUCCACCCAUCGCACGCUGCCGAGCCUGUCGGAUCUCGAUAAUCACUCAUUACUCGAAGCGCUCAAGAGAUGGGGCGAAAACCGGAAAAGAAAGCACCAGGACUCGCUCAGUGAACCCCACUCACAUCGAUCCUCCUUCCGAGCCUCCCAGACCUCAGGAGAUCUCAACUCUAGCAGUCACCCCACGACAGCCGAGCUGGCAGAGGCAGCAGCACGAGAAUCCAAUGCCCGUCGCUGCUUGCCGGCCUUCUACACCCCAGACGACGAACAACUGAAAGUGAGAACGAUGGUGAUCCCGAUAGAUACCAAUCCGAUGGAACGCAGGAAGAUCAUCGUCGCUUGCUCGAAAGAUGGCAGUCUCCGAUGGAAAGAUAGCGACCAGAAAACGGUCUACGAGCGCUCCAAGGACGGCUUGGUCGGCGAAGAGAUCGGGGAGAUCGAGUUUGAUUACCUCUGUUUACCCAAGAAGUCGCUCCGAAAGUCAUCCUCGAGUCCACUCCACUCCAACCGCUCGAAUCCCAACACCAACAGCAGCAGCAGCAGUAGUCCGACUAGAGAAUCCUCCAACCACCGCGCUCACCCAUCAUCGGCCCCUGAGACGGACACCGGCAGAGCGUUCAGGGAAGCGCUCGAGAACAUCAACGAGGCCAGGGCCCACCAGCCACGCACCCUGCGAGCCCACUACGACCUCCAACGAUGGCACCUCGAGCGGCCCGGGUACCACCGCUACGCCGACCCCAGCCUGCUCGCCCGGCGCGGCCGCUACCCCGCGGGCUCCGAGCUGGCCGCCCACAUCCGGCCCCGGUCCGACAACCGCGCCCAGGAGCCCGCCGCCGCCGCUGCUGCUGCUACCACAGGGCCCGCGAGACUCUCGAGGAGCUCGACCAGCUCCGUCGUCAGCAGACUCACUCGCAGACCUAUCCGCUGGUUCGAGAGACCAUCGAUCACCGACUUGCCCUCUAUCAUGGACUACGCCGGCACCCGUCCCUCGACCAACCCGGAACUCAACCCGCUGCCGCCCAUCUCCUCCUACGCCUCCUCCUUCUCCUCCAUCAGACCGUUCUCUACAGCCACCAACUCAGCCUCAGCCUCGGCCUCGGCCGCCAUGAACGAUCUCAAUACGGCACGCGAUGCGCUCAAUGAUAACGUCGAGGCGCUCUACCAAGAGCUCUAUAACCCGAACCAUCCCCUCGACCAGUUCCUCUUCUCCUCCACGAUCCAGCGCUCCAGACCUUGA